GUCACCAUUUAUUAACUAUUUCCGUUUCAAGAUGCUUGUUUAAAAAUAUUUUUUUAUUAUUUUAGGUUUUUAGAUUAAGUAUUUUUGUUUUUUAAUGUACAGUGCAGUGUUUAAUAUUAUUAUAAUCUUUUAGAGUUAAUUUUUCAAAUCAUGCCUGAGUGUUGCCAGCCAUGUCCAGCGCCGCCCGCGGGCUCCGGGGGGCAGGGGCGGGGCGCGGGAGGGUGCCCUUGCAAGAGCUGCUGCUGUGGCAAGCCGCCCGUGAUCACGCCUUGCUACAAACAGCCGAAGGUCCCGGCGUCGUACGCUCCCCGCCGGGUCUACAUGAAGCCGACGGCUCCCGUGGAAGGCUGCACCACCUACAAGCUGUCGUACCUACCCGUCGAGUGCAAGAACCUGCGCGGGGAGGCAAGGAAGCCGACGGGGAACAUCAUCCUGAGCUGCGCGCCCAUGGAGGGGGAGACUAUACAGAAGCUAUCCUACCUGCCCAACGAAAUUUGCGUGACAAACCCGAUCCGUCCGUGCAACCACGACAUGUGGGGCCAGGGCCCCAUGCAAAGCCUCACCACGCAGCGCCAUGACUUUGUGCCGAAGCCAUCUUGCGUCAGGGAGUCUUUCAAGCCAGACCCCAAGUACCAUUGUGUGGAAGCGCCUUUUGAAAACCGCACGAUUAACCGCAUGUCGUACCUGGACCCGGGCCGCCUGGCCCGCAGCAAGUCCUACGCACCCACCAAGUGCUACGAGAGACCCACAGCCCCUAUGGAGUGCGCGACGACACACAAGAUGUCGUACCUGCCGACCUGUGUGGCGCCGCCGCAGCGACCGCCCUGGGCCUGUAAGGGACAGUACCAGAAGCCUUGCCAGAGGUUUGACGGUACGACGGUGUACCAAGGGUCUUUCUUGCCGCCCGGAAUGGAUUGCAGCGAGGUGCAGGACCCUUGUUCCUAUGGCGAUUGCAAUCCAUGCCCGUGCAAGAUUCCUGCGGAAUGUAUCAGUAAAGACCCGUGCGCGUGUGACUUCCCCAAGGCAGCCUGUUGCUAGCGGCCGCCAUAUUGAAUGUCGUUCUAAAUUUAAAUGUGUAGGAUAGCGCUUUCCGUUGAAGGCAUAUUUUUUUUAUUAACCGUAAGGCGCCAAAUAUUAAAUGGUUACUUCAAUUACUUCAAAUAUUAAAUUAAAUUGUCUACUUGAAUUAGUACAAAUAUUAAAUUGUCUAAUAUUACUUAAUAGUAGUUCAAUGUCUCAAUGUUUUCCCCCCGUAGGGCAGAAAACGGAUAUUUAGGUUUCUGCCGAAGCUUGAACCACAUUUGAGAUAACGCGUUAUAAUUCAGCCAUAGUAAAGUGCUAGAUUGACUGCUUCACUAGCGCCACCUAGCGUCAGACGCAACAAUGUGUAUGACGAUAUCCAUUUAUAAACAUAAUUAUUUGAAAUUAUUACUACGAUAAUAUUGUGAUAAUUAAUUUAAUCUUAAUUCUAAUGACCAGUAAUGCAUAUUUAUCAAUAAAUAAUAUGAAUAUAUAUGGGCGUUUAAGCAUGAAGCAUUUAAUGUAACAGAGCUUUUAUUCUUAUAUUAUAACUACGAAUACAUAAUUAUGAAUUAAAA